CUGCAGAGGAAGAAGAAAAGGGCUUGGCCGUUGAAUCUGUUUAUGUGAGAGCAAUGUAAUGUUGUAGUAGUGUAAUGAAUACAUACCAAAGGGAAAAUUCUGUCACCUUCUGCUGGAUUUUAUAAUGAAGCAGCAGGUGGAAACAUGUGUGGACGUCCGUCCAAACUGCAGAAUCAAGUACAGAUUCACGGGCAAGACUGGAUGAACAGUACAUGAAAUGAAAUGCAUUCAUUUACCAAAUCCAACUCUCAAAUGCUUGUAUCCUGUAGAAGAUGUAUGAGGACAACAACAAUUUCCAAUACUUUCCAUUAUUUUCAUUGAUUACUGUUUAUGAUGGGCCCUUGAGGAUGAACCCGCGACAGACAGAGACAGGCCACAUCUACCAUGCAAGCGAAAGGAAAAAAAGCAAGUGACAUUCCAGUCCAGAGGCAACGUCUAGUCGUGUUCACGUGUUACGGCUUCACUUGUCUUGCUUGCCUUCUCCUCCUCCUCCUCCUCCACUUUUCACCAUUAGGCGACAACAUAGAUUUUGAUUUCAAAGGGUUGGUCUAGCUAGCUAGCUAGUAAGCAAAACCAAAAGUAUUUAAUUCUCAGUUCACUCCAAGUCAAAAAGGUGGUAUGGGAUAUGUAUGAAAUCGAAAGCACCAUCAUGUUCAUAUGAAAAGAUACUUUCUUUUCUGCAGAACAAGGCUUGUGGUGCUAACUGCUAAGAAAGUGUCUUAACCUCACAACCCAUUUCAGGACCUUCCCAAAAGCCUUCUGCCUGUCAUUGAAAGCUUCAUUUUGCCCAAACCUCUCUUUCAGCAGUCACUGCCAACUUUUUGCCUAAAGCAGCAAUCCCCAUUUUUUCCAGUACUUACAAGGCAUUUGAGAUGAUGAUGAUGAUGAUGAUGUUGAAGAUUAACUGAGAGUGAGAAGUGAAGUACCUAAUCAGCAGAACCACAAUCUUGGGAAGAACAAGCUGCUGCACAAGAUAAGAGAAGAGGAGAAGCAAUGAUGGGGAAAAGGUUAUACCCUGCACUUCUGAUUCUGAACCCAUCCCAUGAUCUGCUCCUGUUGCUGAUGAUAAUUGUUUCUUCUCUCUCUCUUCUCCCACAUUCAUCAUCAGAACUCCAGCUCCAGCCCUCUCAGCUCCAAUCCCUCCUCACAAUCCAGCAGCUUCUCAACUACUACCCUUCCUCCCUAUCCACCGCCAAUGCCUCAGAUAUCUGCACCAGUGACCCAACUUCUCCAUCCUCUCUCACCCUGCAGUGCUAUGAAGGCAACAUUACCCAGCUCCACUUCAUUGGCAAUGUUAGCAACGAGGGUGGUGGUGGUGCUUCUCCGUUGUUACUGCCUCAAGAUUUCUCAAGUUCUUCUUUCUUUGACUCCCUUGCUGGAAUCUCCACAUUGAAGGUCUUGUCCAUGGUCUCUCUUGGUCUCUGGGGCCCUCUCCCUCCAACCAUUGGCCAGCUCGCUUCACUUGAGAUACUCAACCUCAGCUCAAACUCCUUCUCUGGUGUCCUGCCAUUGGAACUUUCAUCUCUCAAGAAUCUGCAGACGCUCAUCCUUGACCACAAUCACUUCACUGGUGCAAUUCCUGGGUGGCUCACUUCACUCACAACUCUGGCUGUCUUAAGCCUGAACAACAACUCCUUUGAUGGCUUACUCCCAGACACAAUGGCAACACUUCAGAAUCUUAGGAUUCUCUCGCUGACAAACAACCGCUUGUCUGGUGGAGUUCCUGACCUUCACAACCUGACGAACCUUCAAGUUCUUGACUUGGGAAGCAACAGCCUUGGACCUCAGUUCCCUAACAUUUCCAACAGGUUGGUCAGUCUUGUCCUUAGAAACAACAGCUUUCAGUCUGGCAUUCCUGCAGAGUUUCUGGCCUCAUCCAACCAGCUUCAGAAGCUGGACAUUUCCUUCAAUGGGUUUGAAGGGCCAAUCUCGGCACCAUUGUUGCUCUCACUGCCUUCAAUCAGCUAUCUGGAUGUUUCCAACAACAAAAUCACAGGGAUGCUCUCUCAGAACAUGUCCUGCUAUGGACCGCUCAGUUAUGUGGACUUGUCCUCAAAUCGUUUGAGUGGUGAACUCCCUGCUUGCCUGAAAGCUGUUGGUUCUAGUGCCAGAGUUGUGAUGUAUGCUGACAACUGCUUUUCAAGCAAAGACCAACACCAGAAUCCAUCAUAUAUAUGUCACAAUGAAGCCCUUGCAGUGAAAGUCUACCCCCAGGAUAAGGCGAAGCAAACGAAAGCUGGUGGCAAGGUGGUGGUUGUUGCAUCAGGUGCCAUGGGAGGGACUAUUGGAGGGAUUACCAUCAUCAGCCUGGUUUUCCUGUUUGUGAGGAAGGCUAAUCAUAAGAAUGCUGAAAAAGUGGCCCAAACAAGGCUCAUCAUGGAGAAUGUUUCGACUGUGAACACAGUAAAGCUUCUUUCUGAUGCACGCUACAUAUCACAAACAAUGAAGCUGGGAGCCGGUCUUUCAGCCUACCGAUCCUUUGCCUUGGAGGAGCUUAAGGAGGCAACGAACAACUUCCAUGCCUCGAGUUUACUAAUUGAAGACACACAAAGCCAGGUUUACAGAGGAAAGCUCACUGAUGGAAAUGAUAUUAUUAUCAAGUGCUUGACACUGACUAAGAAGCAAAACCAGCAGCAGACAUUUACCCAGCAGAUUGAGUUUGCCUCCAAGCUUAGACACAGCAAUUUGGUCAGUGCCAUUGGCCACUGCUUGGAUUGUUGCCAGGACAAUUCUCCAAGCACCAGCAGGAUGUAUCUGAUAUUUGAGUUUGUUCCUAAUGGAACUCUAAGAGACCACAUCUCUGGAUCUCCGGAGAAGAAGCUGACAUGGGUGCAACGGAUAGGGGCAGCUAUUGGAGUUGCCAAAGGAGUUCAGUUCCUACACACAGGAAUUGUGCCUGGAAUAUUUUCAUUCAAUCUGAAAAUCACAGAUGUUCUGCUGGAUCACGAUAAUCAUGUCAAAAUCAGUAGCUUCAACCUGCCACCAUUUGAUGGGAGGAAAGGAACAGUUGCUGCUGCAGCUUUUUCACCAGGACAAAAGCAGAAGUUACAGGACAGGCAAGAAGAUGGCGACAGUAAAGAUGUUGAAGACCUGGGAGUAAUCUUACUUGAAAUAAUAGUUGGAAGGCCCAUCAUGUACAGGAAUGAAAUCACAGCCUUAAAAGACCUGGUUAGCACAGCAGCUGACGACACAGCGCACAGGAGUAUUGUUGAUCCGGAAGUUCAGAAAGAAUGCUCAAACGAGUCGUUGAGAACAAUGGUAGAGCUAUGCACAAGAUGCCUCUCUGACGAGCCGUCAAUGAGACCAUCCAUUGGAGAUGUGCUCUGGAACUUGCAGUUUGCAGCACAAGUUCAAGAAUCAUGGAAGGGUGACUGCUGCCUCCAGAUUCAACAAGAUUCAACCGCCUCUGCUUCCUCGCAAGCGUAACCAAGUAGGGUUCCACUUCCAGGAGCAAGCACAGGGAUUGUAAAUGUUAAAAUACAUUCUUAUUCAAGAUCUAGUUAUGCUUCCUAGAAUAUAGAAACUAUUACAAGAUUUGAGGGAGAUGGUAGGUUGAUCAUGAGGAGUGAAUGGAUAUUAUAUAACUUGAUGACCAAGUAAUCACAUUUUCUUCCAGUUCAAGUAAAACCAGG